UGCGUCUGGCUACGCAAGUACACAGCUCGUAUAAAUGUGUAUGGGCUAUAUGAGACUCAUAUAAAUGUGUAUAGGCUGUUUAUAAUACUCAUUUAGAUUAGCCCAAACCUUGCUGAUAGCCUAACCUUAAACCGUCUGUUUAAAGUAUGUGUUUUUAAUGAAGCUCCAACUCAGGAAUGUUGUUUAAUGUUAAUAGCUGCUGCUUCAAUGAUGACUCGUGGUGCUAUUAUGUGGUUUCUGCUUCUUCUGCUAAUGCCGGUGAUGCUUAGUAACGCAUGUCCGUCCGAAUCGUUUUCUCCUGCAAACAGCACUAGAUGGGAACUACUUGAAGCCGUCGCUGACCAGAUUCACAUCGAGGAUGGGCUUAUGAUAAGAACAAAGGAAAGUUAUCGAUACUACUUUUGGGAUCUUUACAAAAGUGUACCCAGAUCACAAAGGCUUGAAAUUGUUAACAAGAUGAGCGAGAGUUUGAAAGAAGUGGCAUUCCGGGAUAGGAGGUUUGACAUGGUUGGGUUGAUUUUAUUUGGACCGGACAAGGGUCGGUCAUUCCUCCGUAUUAGACAUGAUAAGCGACCUGAACCUGUGAAUGUGUUGGGUUACAUCCAAUGUGUCCGAACUCUAGUAUGUUCAACCUCAUAUAAUGAUGACUUAUUUGAAAAGCAUUGUGGUCCGUCCUGUUUUAGGGGCCUGAGGCACACACGUUCCAGAGCAAACUUGUGCUCUUUGGCAACCAAGGAGGCAAUCGAGGAAGCAAUGAUCCUUGCUUGUGGCAUGAACUUCAUCGAGCCUGAGCCACAACAGCAAGUGCCAUAUGGAUAUCUUGCAUUCGGAAGUGGUUUGCAUGUUCUUGAAGUCACAGCUAUAUUUCUGAGCUCUCCGUCGGCUAUGGUAGCAGUUGCUUCUUGUUUAGCACUAAAUUAUGUGAUCAGUUCUAUCAUAACUCCAAUGUUAUUUAAGAAGAAAGAGUUGCCAUGGGAAAACUUCACAGACGGUUGGACUAGAGAUCAAGUUGCCAAGUGGGUAUCUUGCCCUGGAUUCAAAGAGUGGAUGAUUAAGAACUACCACAGAAUCAUAAUCCUUCCGGAUACUAGUCAUGAUGAAUGAUUGUUAACUUUCCCGCUGUUUAAAGUUGACGUAGUUUGACACAAAUAUGAACUAUUUGAUGAGUUGAUAUUUGUUAGUUAACGUAGUAGUUUGACACAAAUAUAUUUUGUAUAUAACAAAUAUGAAAUAUUGUGUACAGAUAGCAAUUUCAAUUUAGUGGUC